UAGUACCUUGAUUUUGAUCAACAACUUUUAAAUUGAGUGCUCUCUGUUCCAUUUCCCAUCAAGGCAUUUCUCUACCUUUGAAGAGCCUUACUUGGAUAGUUUGUUUCCCUUGAAGUCGGAUAUCGAAGAAAACAUGGGCUUCAAAGGUGCUAUUUACGCCGGCAUGAUACUUGUAACAGUGCUACUUAGGCACGCCGCUGGCCAAACUAUAGGGAAAUGUGAUUUGACCACUUUCACAAAUGGAGGACAGCAAUGCCAGAGAACCAUGAUUUCAAACUUGAAAAACAACGCCAGCUUGAACUGCAGCUUUGAAUAUGGAAGGCAAUCUAUCUGCUUGAAUGGUCGUGUUAGUGGCUGCGUGGAUGGUGUUCCGCCGUACGACGCAUUUAAACGUGAAAUAGUGCAGCUGCUUGAGCUGUUAGUCUAUCACUGCGGGCAGCUAAGUUUUGAUGUAUCAAGUAUGAACCCAUUACUCCUGAAUCUCGUGGGCUGCGAUGCAGGAAAGCUGAAGGAGAUGGUUAGCUGCUGGGACGAGUUCCGUACAACUUUCAACGCAAGCAGGAACGAUUCUUCAUUAUGCAGUAAAUACGCUGAGGGGAAACAAAAAUGCACUAAUAAGGCAAGGGAAUCGUGUAAAAGUAUCUGCCAAUACAUCACCAAAGACGCGUAUAAUCCCUUCUGUGCCAACGGAACGGACCCUCCAGCGCAGACUGCCUUGUUUGACUGUAAUCCUCUUCCUUCUUGCACAAAUAUUGUAGUUUACGAAAAUGCGAUGAAGUGUGAUACGAAAAGCAUCAAAGACUUUGCUUCCGGGGAAAACUGCAACACUGUCCUUCCAAAAAAUAAGAAUUGCUUGAGAGAGGAGCUGGUUAAGAAGUGCUCUUCCGUGCAAGAAGAUAAAUUUUUUGACGACAGCGUGAAGACUCUUCGAGCAACUCUGAUGGUGGAGCAAUUUUUUUGUAACAAAGUAACCUUGGACAAAGCUGCAAUUCAUGAAAAUGUUAAGACAGGUGAUUGUCAGCAGGAGUUUUUCACUGAUGCUGAGAAGUGUGCCGAGCCCUUCAGAAGCAUAUAUAGCAAUUCCGUGGAGAAAAAGUCCCAAGAAGUCUGCACCUCUUUUGCAGUUGCCAAGAAGUGUCUUAACAAAGUACACGAGGAAAGUUGUAAUUUUGAUGAAAGCACAUUAAAGGCGAUCCUGUUCAAUGACGAAAACCCUUUUUGUGAAAAUGGGAAAGACCCAUUGAAGAAUGGAGUAAAUGGCGCUCAAGCGACAAUACCAUUUCUGUUCGUUAUCAGCAUCGUCUUUUCUCUCGUUGCACCCUGACAUCAAAAUAUCUCCCCAACCAGACAGUUGAAAAUGUAUGAUGCACACUAAUGGUAAUGGGAAAUGGUAGUGAAAAGAGCCAGACCUGAAGCGCAAUAACCAAUGUCAACUAUGGAGCAAAAAAAAA